AUGGGGUACGUGGAGGUCUGGGCCAACAAGUUCCUGUGCUGGGAGAUUGAGGGCGUAAUGGUCUCGGAGAGGGAGGCGAUGGGGGCUCCGAGACCUGGGUGGAGUUUGGGUUAUGGGUUUGGAUACACAGGGUUGAAAUGUAGGGGUUGGGCAUGGUGGGGCUUUAUAUUCGGCAUGAUAGACGAGCUCCGCCAACACCUUCUGGAGAGGUGUUUGGGAGGCUUAGAAAAAGAGGAAUUUGAAAAGGAGGAGGAUUUUGAUGAUGAGGAGGAAAAGGAGGAGGAAGAGGAAGAUGAAGAGGAAGAAUUAGAGCGGUAUCGGGAGAAUGGUGGUGAGGGCGAGGAAGACGACGAUCUUGAUCGUUUUCUGCUGAAGCGGCUCGAAAUGACGGGGAGUGUUUUAUUGGCAGAGAUCUAA